UCGUUUGUCUUACGCUCAACACAGAAACGCUUCAUUAUCCAGUCGUGUUUUUAUUUUUUUUGGAGUUUUUGAAUUAAUAAUAAAAAAAAGAAAACAAACAAACACACACAUAUAAUUGAUAUAUGAAUUAACAAGCCGCUGGAAAAACAACGACGGCACGGAAAAGUAUUUGUGAUUUUAUUGAAAAGAAAAUACAGAAAAUAACGAAAAUAGAUUGAAAUAAAAAAACAACAACAAUAAGCACAAAACGAUUUCCAAAAAAUGCAGUGCAGUUGAAAAGAAACAAAAGAACCCAAAGAGUGUUGUUUCCCAUAACAAAAAACAAAAACUCAAGUUCACGUGAAAUUUUAAAAGUUGGCGUGCGAAUCCGAAAUAGCCAACAAAAGCCAGACGAAAAAGCAGGAAAGCGGUGCUUCCAGCAUGUUGAUCGGUUCACAUCCUUACCUGUGCAAUGCCGCCGCUGGAGGCGUCAUGCAACCCAAUAAUGGGGCCGCAGUGGCCACAGCAAAUCCUACCACCACCACGACCAACAGCAAAGCAGCCGCCGGCUCGGCUACAGACUUUUCCAUAGCAGCCAUUAUGGCCAGAGAGGAUGCCUCCAGCCGGGAAUCAUCAGUCCGAAGUGCCAGUCCCAUUUCCAUUGAGGAUGAAGUCGAUGUGGAUGUGGUGGACUGCAGCGAUUCCGAAGAGCCCCCCACCAAAGCCCGCCGUCUCAAUAACUCUACAUGUAGUACAAGCAGCACUGGCAAUAUAUCACAGACCCGUCUCAAUAACAGCACCACCUCGAGUGUGGGCCGCUCCACACCACCACAGUCGCCGGCCAGUGACAUCGAUGGCGAACGUUCCUCCCCCGAACCCGCACCAAAGGCCCCCAAAAUUGUGGGGUCCUGCAAUUGCGAUGAUCUCAAGCCCGUGCAAUGCCAUUUGGAGACCAAGGAGCUGUGGGAUCGUUUCCACGACUUGGGCACAGAGAUGAUUAUCACCAAGACUGGCAGACGCAUGUUUCCCACAGUUCGAGUCAGCUUUUCGGGUCCCCUGAGGCAGAUACAACCGGCCGAUCGCUAUGCCGUCCUCAUCGACAUCAUACCCAUGGAUUCGAAGCGGUAUCGCUAUGCCUACCACAGAUCAGCUUGGCUGGUAGCCGGCAAAGCUGAUCCCGCUCCACCGGCCAGGCUUUAUGCCCAUCCCGACAGUCCAUUUAGCUGUGAAGCUUUGCGCAAGCAGGUCAUAUCCUUCGAAAAGGUUAAAUUGACCAACAAUGAAAUGGAUAAAAAUGGGCAGAUUGUUUUAAAUUCUAUGCACCGUUAUCAGCCACGCAUCCAUUUGGUUCGACUGAGUCAUGGACAAAGCAUUCCCGCAAAUCCCAAAGAACUACUGGAAAUGGACCACAAGACAUAUGUGUUUCCCGAGACAGUGUUCACGGCUGUGACUGCAUACCAGAAUCAACUGAUAACCAAGCUGAAGAUUGACUCCAACCCCUUUGCCAAAGGAUUUCGAGACUCUUCGCGGCUCACGGACUUUGACCGCGAUCCCAUGGAGGCUUUGCUGCUGGAACAGCAACUCAGAUCCCCACUGAGGCUAUUCCCAGAUCCGCUUAUGCAGCAGUUCGCCGCCCAGCAGGGGGCGGACCCCGCAUCCAUGGCCAUUUUCGAGAAGGCUCGACAACAUUUGCAAAUGUUCGGCGGCAACUCGCCCUAUGCCCAGCUGAUGAUGCCACAAAUGUACGCCCAGCAGGCUCCUCCACCUCCCGGCCUGGGAGCCUUUCAUAUGUUCCAGCAACAGUGGCCUCAACUAACCGCCGGCUUUUUAGCCUCUGCCAAUCAACAAGCCGUCGCUCAGGCAGCCCAUGCGCAAGCAGCAGCCCAGGCUCAGGCUCAGGCUCAGGCCCAAGCGCAGGCGCAGGCAGCUGCUGUGGCAGCGGCGGCCGCCAACCGCACUCCUCCCCCGCCACCGACAGCCUCAACGCCCUCAUCUACCUCCUCGGGCUCACCGUCGCCCGACAUGAGACCCCGACAAUUUCAACGGUUUAGCCCGUACCAAGUACCACAGCAUCCCUCACAGCCCCGCAGUCCCUCGAACCACUAAAACCACUGCCAAAGGAGCGGUCGGGUGCGCGGUCAGGCCACUGAGAGAACUUUGCCAAAACCAGUAUUAGGAAUCUAACCAAUCCUUGUUUUACACGCUGCGACGGAAGUAAAACCGAAUUUGGUUUCAUCAACACUUUCACAAGCCAACUGUGUGUGUGUGUGUGUGUAUGUGUGAGAAAGAAAGCAUUAUUUUUGUUGAAUUUGUUUUGUACAGUCCAUGUCAGUUGUAUAUUUUUGUUUUUAUUGCUCCUAUCGCUCCUAGUUUAAUUAUCAUCCCCCCGCCCCAACCUCCAGCUAUGUUUAAGUUAUUUUUUACAAAUUUAGAAAAUUUUCUGUUCUGUGUACAUUUCGUUUCCUGCGAGCAGCCCAGCGCUUAGAACACUCGUUUUGUAAAAAUCUAGAAACCAUUUCGCUUCAUUUCAUUAAGUCUUAUAGAGCAGUGUCUCAAAAAUUUGUACAUAAACUUGCACAGCAGAUGACUGGUGGGACUUCCAGACACCCAUAGCCUGGGUAGAGUCAUAAAGUCUGGCUUUGCAGCGGAUGUCUCAUGCGACAGCCCUACCACCACCGCCUGUCCGUCUGCAGUGUGCCAAGAGGGCUAUAAAACUAUUCUUAUUAUUACUAUCAUUCUUAGUGGAUUAAGAAGACGCUCUUAAGUUAAGUUCUUUGUGUUUUUAGUUCGUAGUCAAUUAAUUAUGUAUUUAUAGCCUGAAAGGGCCCCAAGUUAUAAAAUGAAAAACAAAAAACCUCAAAAGAGAACAUUCAAUGUGUGCGUGUGUGCGCAAGCCAGCAAAAGAAGAAAAAAAAAAAUCAAAUAUCAAAUCAAAAAAGAAAAACUUGAAAUACACGCAUUAAAGAAAAUCUAUUAAAAAAACAAAACAAA